UACUCCUGCGAGUUUGUAUCAUUGCUGAUCAUCAUGAUUGUAUCAUAUUGGAAGCUGAUUGCUGUGCAGCCUGCCCAAAUCCAUAAUACAGGAAUGUGUCAGGCUGAGUCAUGAUUGAAAUCAGUCAUGAUUCAGAUUAAAAUUGUUGGCUGUGAUGCUUUGGUAUAAUAACUAGAUACACACAGCUAACAGAAAGAAAUAGCUGGCCAACUCAAACUUAUUAUUUCUGGACAAACCAGCAAUAAAGUUUCCUACUAAUUAGAAGAUGUUCAACUGGUUUGCUUUACAUCUAUUGUUCUUAAUCAUAGCAGCCCCUGUUGGAUCUGAUACUGUCAAUUCAAUUGACACUAUUGGAAGAUUGAAAGGCAUUCCUAGUAUUCACACAAAUGAAGGUAACAAGUUUUGUUUUUCUUUUCUUCAAAACUAUGAGGAGAACACCAUUAAUAUACUUGGUAUAUAUAUUGGUACACAAGAAAAUGAAGAAGUUCAAUAUAGUAUAAAAUCAAGAAUCAAUGGUGUUGCUAGAAUUGGCACUGUUAAGCCAGGACAAAUAAAAGAAGAAUUGUAUCAGUAUACCUCCUAUAGCAACUUUGAAACUGACUUGAGCUUCAAUCCACCAAGAGUAAAAGGCAUGGUUCCACUUAGAUCAAUAAGUGAUUAUACUGGUAUUAUAGUUGAAACUGUGGAUAGUUCACAUAAGAUUUCAGUGAUGGGUUUUAGUGAUGGAGCUAAGACCUCAGAUGGUUUUACUGCUGUUCCAAUGGUCGACAUGUCAAAUAUUAUUUCAACAGACUACCAGUAUUCAGUAUUCACUGCAGGAGGAAAAGACUCUUCUAUUGCAGCAAUUACUACUUGUGAUGAUUUUGAGACUGCUGAGAAUGUGACCGUUGAUGCAACUCUUGUUUCUCAACAAGGAAGCUUUUUACCAUUUAAUGGAUCCACCCUACCUUUUCAGAGUCAUUACACUUCUGUUAUCACCGGUUCAGAUGAUCUUCUUUCCAGUAUCAAUGUCAUAGCUACUCAACCAAUAGGUUUUAUGACUGGUCACGAGUGCAGUAAAAUUCCAAUUGACCAAGUAGGCUGUGAUCAUCUCAUAGAGCAAGUACCCCCAUCUUAUACAUGGGGUUAUAAUUUUUUAACUGCUCCAUUUCAUACAAAUAAUUUUGGAUACAUAUUGAAGCUUUUGCCUGGAAAAGACUUUGGUACUAACUUCAAAAUUUUUUGUACAAUAAAUGCUACUGUGACUGUUGAUACUACUGUUAAAAAUUUUGUAAGGACAGAUCGUCUUGUUGCAAAUAGGGGAAUUUUUAGCAUUACUACUCAAAGCUAUUGUACUAUACAGUCGAAUAAACCUCUUGCUGUAAUGCAGUAUGCUACAAGCCAUCCAGCUAAUGAUUCUAACAGUGUGCCCAUCACUUCUGUAGAUACAAUAAAGAAUAUUGGUGACCCAGCCAUGGUAUGGGUACCAGCUGUCAGUCAAUACCUCAACAAAUAUUUGAUAACCAAUGAUGUCUCUAUUCGCUCACAGUCCUUUACCAGUAAUGGCAUUUAUGUGACAGUUUUACCUCAUUGUUUUAAUGCUAGUGCUAUAUUAGAUAAUGGUAUUCCACUGGAAAACAAUGCUAGUAACUGGGAUACUUUUCACUGUGAUGAUGUUACUGAUAUAUGUGGUUAUGGUGUGUCUCUUGAUAUUUUACAAGGAACUCAUUUGUUAAAGCAUAUUGAUUCAAGCUGUUCAUUUGGUGCAAUCAUGUUUGGUUGGGGAUACAAGAAAGGUUAUGCUUAUCCUGCUGGCUUUGGAAUGAGACCUAUUGGAGUAACAUUUUACAGCAUUGAGCCACUUAUUUCAUCAGCUCCAGAGAGUGGUCUAGUAUCUGUUACAGUGUAUAGGUCUGGUGAUUUAUCUGAAGCUAGUUCAGUUCAAGUGGGAGCCUUUAUGUCAUCAAAACCUAAUGCAGCAACAAUUGGUGAAGAUUUGGAGAGUCGAACAGAAACUGUAUAUUUUGUUGCCAAUGAAUUUUCAGCUACAGUUAAUUUUACUUUCAUAAAUGACUAUCUUCCAGAACAAGAUGAAGUUUUUGAUGUUAAGUUUGUUAACCAUCAUAAAAUAAAUAUUGGAACACCUCAAGUACAAGAAUUGACAAUUCUUGGUGACUCUCCAAUUGUAACUGGUGGUGGUAGUAGUCCUGGAACUGGUCCCAAUGUUGUGGUACAAGAGGGAGAUAGCGAAGUUAAAGUCUGCAUAACACUCUCAGGAUUAGCUGAUUCCUCAUAUCCAGAACCAGUAGAAUUUCUUUUUACCCCAAUGGAGAAAUCAGAAGCAUUGCAGCCUGCACAAGAUGAAGACUAUGAUAAUACAACUAUAGCAGUUAUAAUGCCACCUGGUGAUACUGAGGUCUGUGCACAUAUCAGUACUGUUGAAGAUAUGAUUUACAAUGAACCAAAUGAGCAGUUUUGCAUCAAUGUAACAUCGAAUGUUUCAGUUGGUAUAUUUUAUCCUGCACAGUGUCAAAUAACAGUAACCAUUAUUGACAUAGGUACUAGGGGAUCAAUUGAUAUCAGUAGGAGACUAAAAGGUAUACCAAAAAGUAAUACUACUGAAGGAAACAGAUUUUGUUUGUCUUUUUUUGAGCCACCAAUACCUACCAUUUUUUUAAUAAAAAUUGGUACACUUGAAAGCUUUCCAGUUAAAUAUCAUAUAAGUUCAGGAGUCAAUGGAAUCAAUAAAACUAAUACUGUUGAACCAGGAUCAAUCAAUACGGAACAGUAUCGGUAUAUACCUGGCAACAAUGAAAGUAGAUUUGCAGAUGAUGAACCUCUUAUAGCAAACAUGACAAUAGAUUUUUUUAACAGCAGGGAUAUAAAUGACUUCACUGGAAUUGAAAUUAAAACAGUAAAUAGCUCACAUAAAAUAUCAGUUACAUGUUUCAGUAAGACUACUAUAAGAGAUGAUAUAUUAUAUCCAGCAGCUGUGGAUAGUUUUGUGGCAGUUCCAAUAUUUAAUGUGGGAUCAAUUGCACAACAGUAUAACUACUCUAUGUUUAAUCAAUAUGGUAAUGAUGAUUUAUAUUCACAAACAGUAGCAGCAAUUGUGGCUUGUGAUACAAUUGCAGCUGGAGGGAUAACACUUGGUUAUUCUAACACUUCAAUUCCUGGCCAUUACUUUGGGACACUUGAUCAACGAGGACUUCGUUCAUCACAAAUUAAGUUUAAAAAGUAUUACACUCCUUAUAUUCCUUCUUCUCCAGCUGGUACUGAUGUUUAUGCCACUCAACCCAUUGGGUUUAUGAUUGGCCAUACAUGUCUUUUCUACAAGUCAUAUUACUGUGAUUAUCUCAUUGAGCAAGUACCUCCAUCAUAUACAUGGGGAUACAACUUUUUGAUAGGGCCAUUUAGAUCUCUCUCCAUGUACAGCACUAUUUUGAAGUUUUUGCCUAGUAAAGAAAUUGGUACUAAUUUUAAAAUAUUUUGUGCUAAUAGUACUUCGGUGACCAUAAAUGUACUAGUUCAAAACUUCACAAAAGCAGAUCAUAUGGUUUCAAAUAGGGGUAUUUUUAACAUUGGUCUUCAAGACUAUUGUACUGUACAGUCAAACAAACCUCUUGCUGUGAUGCUGUAUCUUGAAUUGUUUCAACUGAUACGUAAGUCAAUUCCUGAUAUGGUUUGGAUACCACCUGUCAGUCAGUACCUGAAUAGAUAUUUAGUAACAAUUGAUGCCACAUCAUAUUCAUUUUACAGAGGUGUAUAUGUGACAGUUUUACCUCAUUGUUUUGAUGCUAGUGCUGUAUUAGAUAAUGGUAUUCCACUUGAAAGUAAUGCUAGUAACUGGCAUACUUUUCACUGUGAUAACAUCACUGAUUCAUGUGGCUAUGGUAUUCCUGUUCAUAUGCGACAACUAGGAACUCAUUUGCUAGAGCAUACUGAUCCAAGCUGUUCAUUUGGUGCAAUUAUGUUUGACUUUAGGUAUGGCAAAGGUUAUGCUUAUCCUGCUGGUUUUGGAAUGAGACCCAUUGGAGUGACAUUUUACAGUAUUGAGCCUCUUAUUUCAUCAGCUCCAGAGAGUGGUCUAGUAUCAGUUAAUGUGUAUAGGUCUGGUGAUGUAUCUGAAGCUAGCUCCGUUCAAGUGGGAACCUUUAUGUCAUCAAAAUCUAAUGCAGCAAUGAUUGGAGAAGAUUUGGAAAGUCAAACAAAAACUAUAAAUUUUGCUGCCAAUGAGUUUUUGGCAACAGUUAAUUUUAGUUUUUUGAGUGACUCUGUUCCAGAAUUAGAUGAGGUGUUUUUAGUUAGUUUUGUUGAACAUCAGAACAUCAAUAUUGGGACACCAUCAGAAGUUGAACUGACUAUACUUGGUGUGGAGUCUAAUAUUUUAAAGUUUACUGCUGAUAAUUAUUGUGUGCACGAGGGCAAUACUUCAGUUUAUGUGUGUGUAGAAAAGAGUAGAGAUACUGUCGAUAGUGUAAGCCUUAAGAUUACAGCAAUGGAAGACUCAAUACCAUCUGCUGCUGAAAAUAUAUUUGACUUUGUUGCUGAAACAAAAACUAUUGACUUUCCUGGGCCAAGUAAACAAGCUUGUGCUCAAUUUCAAAUAAUACAAGAUCCCUUUGUUGACUUCAAAGAAUCUAUUGAAACAUUUAAUGUCAACUUCACUGCUACAGGGGAUUUAGGUAGUGGUCAAAUGAUGGCUACUGAUAAAUCUAUUGUAACUAUAUAUGAAAGUCUGCCAGAAAUUUUUGCUGACAGUAUUUCAGGAGCUAAUAAUGUUUUUGUACCAGAAAGUCAAGAAAAUGUGACUGUUUGUGUUAACAGAACCUUCAAUUUUUCAUGUACUAGAAAUGUUACAUUCAGAGCCAUGGAUAGUGCAUUAAGUAUUAAUGCUAAAUCUGGUAGUGACUUUGUUGCAGAGACUAAAGAGAUGCCAUUCACAUCAGAUGAUCUCAGAGUUUGUGCAAAGUUCAUAAUUAUAAAUGAUGACAUUGUUGAAAAGAAUGAGUCAUUUCUUAUUACUGUAAUGGCACAAGAUCACAUACCAACAGUUUUAACAAUCAAUAUCACAAUCACUGAUGAAGAUGAUGCUGCUGUGAUAAGUUUUACGAAUGACACAUACACUUUUCCUGAGAAUAUUGACUUGGAUGCUCAAGUCUGUGUAGAGACAACAAAAGAGCUCAGUGAUGACAUUAGAAUUAAUUUUACAACUAGGUCUAGUGAUUUUGAUGGUGCUGCCACUGCUGAUUCUGAUUAUAUUUCCAAAUCUGAAACCAAGACACUUAGAAGUGGAUCAAGGACAGUUUGUAUUAACAUUGAAAUCAAGCCUGAUGUUACUAGAGAACCCACAGAAUUCUUUUAUGUGCAGCUUGAAGUUCUUAAUUUAGUUGAACUAAUGAACAACAGUUACUAUGGUCCGUCAAGACUCAAUGUAUCAGACAGUGAACCAGCAGUUGUGUACAUUACAGAUACUUCUGUAACAGGCUGUGAGUCAGUUUAUGCUGACUUAAUUUUGCUUAUUUCGGAAUCAUCCAGUAUGCAAGAAAAUCAGUUCACAAUGGUGAAAGACCUUGGUGCUGAGAUAUUAAAUCAACUGCCAAUCGGCAAAAAUAUGACACAUGCUGGUAUAGUUAGGCUCAGCAAUUCAAAUCGUACACAAAUUAUUUCUCCUCUUGGUAAUGUCACUGAUUUAAAACAGUUAAAACAAAUUGUCAGAAAUAUUAGCAUGGAUGAUAAAGAUGAUAGAGGUUUGGCAACUCAUCUGAAUUAUUCCAUGAUUUUAGCUAUGACUGAAAUAAAAAAGAGAGGGAGACCAAAUUCAAGGAAAAUCAUUGUGAUAAUAACUGAUGGCCUUCAUUCACAUGAAUCAUGGCCUUAUAACAUAGCAAGAAAUGCCAGAGCUCUCGGCUAUGAUAUAUUUGCUGUUCGUUUGUUCACUGAUGCUUCACUUUCUAAUUGGGAAGAACUAACUGGCUAUAAAGAGAGAGUGCUGUUCUUGAAUACAUUUAAUAGUGGUCACUCAGAAGGAACAAAUUUUUUUAUAAGUCAAAUCUGCAAUAUUAUUAGUGUUAGUCCCCAGUUAUUGAACACUAUUGGAGAAGAAAGGAAAAUAAAUGUUGGGGAAACUGUAUCAUUCAACUGCACUGCAGAUGGAGUACCAGUACCAGAUUUAGUGUGGCGAAAAGAUGGAAAGUAUAUAAUCCCAGAAGCAAAUAGAAGAAACACUUCAUCAUCAGAACCUACUGAUGGCUUUCGUAUAAAUGAUAUACCACAAGUAAAGCAGAGGACCAGUGAACUGAUCAUUACUGAUCUAACUGUGUCUGACACUGGCAAAUAUUCAUGUAGAGCUGAUAAUGGAGUUGAAAGAGGAGUUGUAUUGCAUAUCCCAUAUCACCUAACUGUUGAAGGAUUCAAUGAAACUAAUUUUUGUCUCGAUUUCCCUUGCAAGAAUGAUGGAACAUGCCAGAGUUUGGCAAGUACAUAUAUCUGUAAUUGCCCUGAGACUCACACUGGAAGAAACUGCCAAGAAAGAGUGAGAUUUACAGUUAGACCAAAAAUAAUUGAAUUCCGUCAACCAGUCAAUACUCAAAUAUAUUCUUCAGUAAAUUUCACAUGUAAAGCUAUUGGCUCACCAGCUCCAUCCAUUCACUGGUAUAAGAAUAACAAGUUAAUAAAUAGCACUGAUCCUUAUUUGCUAAUGUUUAAUGACCUGAGUCUAAUGGACAGAGGAGUAUAUCACUGUGAAGCUAGGAGUGUCAUUAAUGGUGCAAAUAUAAGUGUUAAUACUACUAAAGUACUACUCAACAUAGAAGAUGUGCACCAGUAUAAGGCAAUUAUGUCUCUAUCUGAUGAUUUCUAUGACAGAUUAAAUGAGUCUGAAUUUAUUAAUGGAACCAUUCAACAGCUUGUUAAAGAUAUAAAUUAUAAUUUAUCUGGCAGAAUUAUUGGCAAUUUUACUUUAUUCUUUAUAGAGUUGCUUAAUAGUGAUGAAAUUUACCCUGAUGAUGAUCCUGAGAAUGUAUCAUUGUUAAUUACAUUAAUUGCUAAUAAUCAAACAAAUUGGCUUAAUCAACAUAUAGCAGAUGAUUUAGGAAAUUUAUUAGGGUCAACAAUCACUGAUGUUGUAAGAUUUGAUGGUUGCCCAACAAGCUCUACAACCUUAUUAUCUGAUUCUGGUGAUCCAAAACUUACAUUAACAAUCAAAUGGCCUGAAACUAAUAUUGGAGAAAUAGCUGUAGUUAAUUGCCCAUGUGGUAGUAAUGGUACGUCAGCUGGUGGUACCUUGAAUGCAUCUCGCAAUUGUGGAGGUGAUUUCACUAAUGGAGCUCUGUGGCAAGCACCUUCUGUAUUGAAGUGUAAAUUAAGGGAUUUAGCAAGAAUGAUUUGUCAACUGAAAGACAGAUUGUUUCCUGGUGUCAGUUAUGCAUCAGUGAUUGAUAUGCUUAAAGAGCUUAAAUCUAUUACUAGUAACAGUAGUGAGAUAGGAUAUACUGAAGUAGCUGCAGUUGUUAGUGUCUUAGAAGCUGCUGCUGAAUUUGCUAAUACAAUUGCUGAAAAUACAAUGUUAAUUACAUCAUUGUUUGAAGUAAUUGAUAACAUAUUAGCUGUUAAUCAAGAGAUUUUAAUAGAGUGUCAGGCACUGUCUAAUAGCUCAUCAAGAAUUCUUGCUAUCAUAUCUAAUAUGGCUGCUAUUAUAAAUGUUACUGAUGCUUCAACUUCAAGGCAUGUUAUCAAAAGUCAUAGGUACUUUGCUGUUUCCGUUUACAAGAGUAAUUUUGAAGGCUUUGGUGGUCAGACAUUAAGCAUCAAUCUCACAGACUUCUCUGAGUCAAAUGUUAAUUCAUAUAAUAUAACACUUGAACCUGAAGGAAACAUUGUUUCUUCAACUGGCUCUGUCACAUUGCCUAGUAACAUUUUAAAUUCAUCUAAUAUCAACAGAAUCACCAAUGCAGUAUAUUUUACUGAUUCACUGUUUCUCAGGCGCAGAUCCAAUUAUUUUGAUCAUGAUGUUAGCAGUAUAGUGAUAUCAGCAAGCAUAUUAAGAGAUUUUAAUGCCAUUAAAGAACUGGAGUCUCCUGUCAAUCUUAGUUUUCAACUUAAUCCUAAUAUCAAUGGCUCAUUCCCUCAAUGUGUUUUCUGGGAUCAAUCUUUAAACAGUGGGUAUGGUGAUUGGUCUAGUGAUAACUGUAAUACUUCAUAUGAUUCAGUUACGCAAGCAAUCAAAUGUUUUUGUAAUCACUUGACUAGUUUUGCUGUAAUACAGGAUGUGUCUCCAACUGAACCUUCAACAGAAUUUAGAGUCUAUUAUCUUGAUUCAGUCUCUUACAUUGGUAUAAUCAUCUCUAUCAUUUGUCUUAUCAUCACUAUUGUACUCUAUCUUUAUAACAAGGAUUUAAGGUUAUCAAAUCACUCUCAAAUGCUUCUUAAUCAUUGUUUUGCACUUAUUGGUCUGUAUCUCUCAUUCGUUACAUCAAUUCAUGCAAGGAAUAUCAAUAGUUUUUGUGCAGUAUCUGGUUUUAUGCUUCAAUUUUUCUUUCUUGUCUGCUUAAGUUUGAUGUCUGCUGAAGUAAUAGGCCUUUACAUUAACAUUGUAAUGAAUUCAUACAUGAAAAUGUUUUAUAUAAAAGUUACAUUGGUAUCAUGGAUUGCUCCAAUUUUCAUUGUCAUAUUCUGCUUCUCACCGAGCUACACAAAUUACAUAAAAUACUCCUCAAAUUUCUGUCGUGCUUUUGAUACACCGUUCUACAUUGGUAUAGUAAUACCAUUCAUCAUCACUUACUCAUUCAUUUGGAUUGUGUUUAUUAUCAUCGUAAUCUCACUCUUAAUGUCAUCAAAAAUCAAAGAUAGCAAUAAAAAGACAGUUUUAAAACCUUCAUAUAAGUAUCAGUUGACUAAAUCAUUGGCUCACUCUACGUUGUUUUGUCUAUCUUCAGUGCUAAUGUUACUAAUGACAGAGGACACUUUCACUAAUAAAGCUAUUCGAGAUCUAGUUGCUUCUCUAUUUGUACUAUUGACUGGAUGUCAUGGUCUUUUUCUUUUUAUAGUGCAUUGUCUUUGUACAAAAGACUUUUAUUGUAUCUGCAAAAAAGUUUCCUUUGGCAUUAAAAGUCUUUUACUGCACACAGUUCAGAAGAAGCCCUCAGAGUCUACUGACAGGAUUUUUGAUGACACAAUGGAAUCCACAAAUCAAUAUCUUGAAACAAUACUUAACUCUAAUAUGUGUCAAGAAAACAUAUCAAGCAAUUUAGAGCAGUUAGUUAAAUAUUCAAUAUCUGCUUCUCAAAUUAAAUUGCAAGAAGCAGUUGGACAAGGUGAAUUUGGUAUAGUCUAUAGAGCAUUCUUAGCAACUGAUAAAGAUAUACCACAAGUAGUUGCUGUCAAAACACUCAAGGGAUUGUUCUCAAGAAGUGAUGUUACUUCCAUUGUUGAAGAAAGUCUCAUCAUGUCAAAUUUUGAUCAUCCAAAUGUACUUUCUCUUAUUGGUGUGAGUCUGGAUUUGGGACCAGCCCCAUGCAUUAUUAUGCCAUUCAUGUCAAGAGGAAGUUUAUUAUCUUACUUGAAAAAUGAUAGACUUAACAUAACAAUAACUGAUGGCAACGAUGAAGAAAUUAUUCUGAAUGUCAGGAAACAUUUGCUUUCAAUUUGUCUACAAGUUGCUAAUGGAAUGUGUUACUUGGCCUCAAAAUAUUUUGUGCAUCGUGAUCUUGCUGCUAGAAACUGCAUGAUUGAUAAUAAUGGAGUAAUUAAAGUUGCCGAUUUUGGUCUAUCCGAAGAAGUAUACACAAAAACCUAUUUCAAUCAAUUUAAAGACAAAAGUGAUGCUGAAUCUGUGAAACUGCCAAUUAAAUGGAUGGCAAUGAGAGCCUUACUUUUCUUUAUUGUAAUGCAUUAUAUUGUUGUCUUAUGA